GAGGCUUUUUCUCCUCCAUCGCUGUCUCCGCGGUAAAGGGGCUUCUCCCUUCCCUUCAUCUUCCUCCCCUCUUCCUCCUCACACCCGGCCCCCUAACCCCAACCCCAACCCCAACCCCAACCCCACCCCCCCCACCUAUCUGCCGGCUACACGGCGGGGGGGUUUGAACGAUGGACGGGCUGGCGGUGGAGGUGCGCGGCUCGAACGGCGCCUUUUACAAGGGGUUUGUGAAAGAUGUCCACGAAGACUCCAUCACCAUUGCCUUCGAGAACAACUGGCAACCUGAGCGACAGCUUCCCUUCAAUGAUGUGCGCUUGCCGCCUCCUGCAGAUUUCAACAAAGAGAUCAGUGAAGGGGAUGAAGUUGAGGUAUACUCCAGAGCCAACGAACAUGAACCCUGUGGAUGGUGGAUGGCAAGGGUCCGGAUGAUGAAGGGAGAUUUUUACGUGAUAGAAUAUGCUGCCUGCGAUGCCACGUACAAUGAAAUUGUCACUAUGGAGAGGCUUCGUCCUGUCAAUCCCAACAAGACAGCCACCAAGGCCAUGUUCCACAAACACGCCAUCCCAGUGCCAGAGGACCUCAAAGAAGCCUGUGCAAACGAAAACGCUCACAAGGACUUCAAAAAAGCUGUUGGAGCGCACUCCAUCGUGUACAACAGCAGCAGCGGCGAGCUGGUCCUCCUGUCCAUUAAUGAGUCAACCGUGAAACGUGCGGGCUUGCUGAGUGACAUGCAUUUCCGCAGUAUUCGCACCAAACUGAUGCUGAUGUCCAGAAACGAGGAGGCUACGAAACACCUCGAGACCACCAAGCAGCUGGCGGCUGCGUUUCAAGAGGAGUUCAGUGUCCGUGAGGAUUUGAUGGGUCUUGCAAUUGGAACACAUGGCGCCAACAUUCAGCAGGCCAGAAAGGUUCCUGGGGUGACAGCAAUUGAACUGGACGAGGUCACAUGCACAUUCCGGAUAUAUGGAGAGACACCAGAAGCUGUAAAACAGGCUCGAGGUUACCUGGAAUUCUCCGAGAACUCAGUUCAAGUGCCGCGCAGCCUAGUUGGCAAAGUGAUUGGCAAGAAUGGGAAAGUAAUUCAAGAGAUUGUGGACAAGUCUGGUGUGGUGAGGGUUCGGAUUGAAGGAGACAAUGAUAAGAGGCUGCCCAGGGAGGAGGGCAUGGUUCCUUUCACAUUCGUUGGCACCAAGGAGAAUCUCGUCAAUGCUCAAGUGCUGCUGGAGUAUCACCUGUCCUACCUGACGGAGGUAGAGCAGCUGCGAUUGGAGAGACUACAGAUAGAUGAACAGCUCCGACAGAUCGGCAUGGGAUACCGCCCGCUGUCCAGCCGCGCAGACAAGGAGCGUGGCUACAUGACCGAUGACAGCACUGCCUCCUCCAUGCACAGCUCACGAUCCUAUAGCGGUCGAGGUCGAGGGAGGCGAGACAACAACUCCGACUUCUCCAACGCCUCUGAGACCGAAUCAGAACGCAGGGAUGAGCUGAGCGAUUGGUCAGUGGGUCAGGCCGACGAGGAGCGGGAUCGCAGGCAGGGAUCCGACACUAACCGGAGGAGGCCGGCGGGAGGCCGGGGCCGAGGGGGUCCUCCGUCUGGAAGAGGCCGUGGUGGAGGUCGAGGUGGGAGUUCGUCAAUCAGUGCAGUGCUGAAGGACCCUGACAGCAAUCCCUACAGCCUGCUGGAGAAUGCGGAGACAGAUCAAGCUGGUGACACCGACACCAGCGAAUCACACGCCAGCACAAACCGGCGCCGCAGAUCCCGCAGACGGCGCACUGACGAUGAUGCCACCAUGAUGGACGGGAUUGUGGAGUCUGACAACGCGUCGAUCAAUGAGAACGGUGUGGACGAGGCCGAGGGGAGACCCCCACGCAGGAACAGGAGUCGCAGACGUCGUAACCGUGGUAACCGGCUGGACAGUUCCCUGAGCAGAGACAGGCAGCCAGUUACAGUGGCCGAUUACAUUUCCCGUGCCGAGUCACAGAGCCGACAGCGCGUCACGCAAAAAGAGCAAUCCGAGAAAGCCCCCGAGCCGGAACCAGAACCGGAACCGGAACCGGAGCCGGAGGAGAAACAACUGGAGCGGGCGGACCCCAGCGACGAGCCCAGUGCUGUGCCCAACGGCCCCUCCAGUAGUCCAAAUGGCAGCGCCACCAAGACAGCAGGCGGCUCCCAGGAGCGUGGGCAGAGCCGAGAGCAAGCCGGUCCCACCAUCAAGCAGCAGGCCGUGGUGAACGGUGUUUCAUAAAACGCCGCAGCCUCUACCCUUGAAUCUCAGUCCCGCUUGCAUCAUGUUAUUCAAUAGUGCUUGUCAAAGCUUGCCAAAGAUAGGAACCUGAAUACUACGUAACUACUACUACUUACUACUACCCGACUCGACACAGCACUUGCCCUCCCCUUACCCUCAGCACCGGACAGAGGUUUGGGGGGAGGUGUUCAAACAUAUAUCUGUGUAUCUGUUUUUUGACAUUUAAUUAAAAAGUUCGAGGAAAUAAUAAAAAAAAAUACACAUUUAAAAAAAAAAACCACAAAAAAAACACAUUUAAAUAAAGAUGUUGUGCCUUCUAAGAGUGUAAAAGAAAACUGCGAUUCUGUUUUCCGACGUUUUGAUGGCGGAGGUCAGUGACUGAUAAAUAUAUAUAUUAAAAAAAAGAGAGGUUUGGUUAUAGAAGCUGAAGAUGGAUAGAUCAGAGCGGGUCUGGUAGAGAGCGUGAAGAAAAGGUGUCGGUUACUUAAGCUGUCUGUUUUAAGAAAAAAACAUAAAAAUUCUGCAGAAAAAAUCGCAAAAAAAAAAACUUGAGUAUGCAACCACUUCUGGUAAGGAGACACUGUAUAAAACGAUGCAGUCUGUAUUACUUGCACUGAUUAGUAAAUCAAAAAAAAAGGAACAACUAAUAUAACUGGGGGAAGAAAAA